AAGUGCAAAGUUUUUAUAAAUACCGAAUACAAAUAAAAUAAUUUUACCGAACUUGUUUUUGUUAAAGUGAAAUAUUGAAUUUGUUGAUUAUUGACAUGGAGUGCCAAUUUGGAAAAAAAUAUGAAGAAUUGAAGGAAACUUGUGAUAAAAGUUUCUCAGGAGAACCCUACGCGCUCCCUCCACUGCAAGAUUCAUUUCUUUUUUCAAGUCAUUUACCACUUUCAGGCGGGUCUGAAUCCUGGUCCAAUCAACUACCAGGAGCAUACGAUUCCGCAAUCACCUCUGCUCCGCUGUGGAAAAGUAAUUUCGUUCCAACUUCAAUGUAUGAGAACCAACAGCAAGAGUUGAUUCUGCAAACUGUAAAUCCUCAUUUCCCAGAAGUAUUUUCCGGGAGUGCAACCCCUCGUGCCGAAGCACGCACACAACCUAUGUUAACCGGACUAACUAACGAUGCUUACCCGACAUCUGACAGUCUGCUUCGAGCGAUCAGAGAAUUUGACGAGGGACAAAAUGGCGUCACAAAUCCGAGCCAAUUUAAUGAAUCAGGAAAUCCAAGAUUUCAUCCACACACCCCUUCCCAGUUGAUCAAAGUCCACCCGGAAAAGUCUUCUUCCGAUCUGUAUCCAGGUAGUUCUCUGCAGGAAGACCUGGACAUCGAUUCAGAUGAUCUUUUUAAAUUUGAUGAAGAUAUUUCGUUUAAUGAAAUGCCGGAGUUUGACGAAGAAAUUUACAAAGGCGAAUAUUCAGACCAACUUUUAACCAUAGAUCCUUCAACGAGUUCCAGUACUUUUGGUUUUGGUGACAAACGAACCCCUUUACGUCACAAUGGUCAGAGGCGUGCAGCCAAUAAACGCGAGCGACGGCGAAUGAAAAUUAUUAACAGAGCUUUCCAAAACUUAAGAAAACACGUACCGUGUGAAAGCUACGAGAAAAAAUUGUCAAAGGUAGACACUCUCAAAUCUGCAAUCGACUACAUUUCGUUUAUGUCAAAUCUAUUAAAGUCAAGCGAUGGAGGCGAGAAAACUGCAACAAAAAAACGAGUCGUUGUUUAUACAAGAGAAGGACAAACCAACGACCUUGUUUGUCAUUCAUUAUCGUGGGGGUGGGAUAAAAGUGAAAUGGAAAGAAACAUUGAAGGGACAACUGAAGAAACUGAUAACAAUACUUCUUCCACGCAAUUUUCCUCUCCUCGUACUCGAAAAAGACGAAAAAUCGUUCGUGCUCCAGUGUGGCAACCUCAAUUUCCUGGCGCAAAAACAGAAUACACGAAGCUGUCGAAUAAUUCAACCCAUUCCAACAGUUUUGUUGGUUAUGGCAGCAGUUCAUUUACAGAGUAUGCGGCAUGGGAAAAUAUGCAACAUACCUCAACACAUCGCUCUGUAUAUGACAUGUUCGCAAUGCCAGAGGUGCAUUUUGAUAUAAACACCCAAACAUUUGCGCCCUUCAAUAGCAACGUAAUGUCAGGUGUGAACGGUGAAGUCAUACAACGUCUUCAACUCUAUCGAUCUCAGAUAUCCAAUGAAAGUUACGAAGACGAUUCAAGGGCAGCUACCAAACUGCACGGCUGCGAUGCUUCUUAUAUCGGUGAAACGAAUCUUCCUUCCAUUGCUUCUCUCGUUCUUCCAGCAUCAUGUUCACCUGUUAAGCAAAGCGCUUGCGCCAAUAAUCCUAAUAGAAAACAAAAGUUGGACGACUCGUUGUCGCCAACCAGCGACAGAUCGUCAGUUAGCGUUUGUUCUGAUCAAAGUACACUGUGGGCUCCUGUAUCUAUUAAUCAUUUGACUGGCCUUACUCCGGUUGCUAUAUAA